AUGGCGGCUCCGGGCGGCGCUGCUGCGGACGGGGCAGCGCCUCCGCUGGCACGGCGGGGCCGGACCACCAGCCAGUCCCGGGCAGAACCGCCGCUGCUGAGGACGAGCAAGCGCACCAUCUACACGGCCGGGCGGCCGCCCUGGUACAACGAGACGGGCACCCCCUUCAAGGAGGCCUUCGUCAUCGGCUUGUGUGGCGGAAGCGCAUCUGGCAAGACUACAGUGGCCAACAAGAUCAUUGAAGCUCUGGACGUGCCUUGGGUGGUGUUGCUCUCCAUGGACAGCUUCUAUAAGGUGCUGAACAAGGAGCAGCAGUGCCAGGCAGCAUGCAACGAAUACAACUUUGACCACCCUGAUGCCUUUGACUUUGACCUGCUGAUUAGUGUGCUACGGAAACUCAAAGAGGGCAAGAGCGUUAAAGUUCCUGUGUAUGACUUUACCACGCACAGCCGGCGCAAGGAGUGGAAGACCGUUUAUGGGGCCAACGUGAUUGUGUUUGAGGGGAUCCUGGCCUUUGCCAACAAGGAGCUCCUGCAGCUCCUGGACAUGAAGGUGUUUGUGGACACAGACUCAGACAUCCGGCUGGUCCGGCGGCUGAAGCGGGACAUCAUGGAGCGUGGCCGGGAUGUGGCCGGUGUCAUCAAGCAGUACAGCAAGUUUGUGAAGCCUGCCUUUGAGCAAUACAUUGAGCCGGCUGUGCAGGCCGCGGACAUUGUGGUGCCCCGAGGUGGGGAGAACUUUGUGGCUCUGGACUUGAUCGUGCAGCAUGUACACAGCCAGUUGGAGAAGCGUGAAAUCACGGUCAGAGCAGCCUUGGCCUCGGCCCACCAGGGGCAGCCGCUGCCCAAGACCCUGAGCGUCCUGGAGAGCACCCCGCAGGUGCGGGGCAUGCACACCAUCAUCAGGAACAAGGACACCCGCCGGGACGAAUUCAUCUUCUACUCCAAGCGCCUGAUGCGCCUGCUGAUCGAGCACGCCCUCUCCUUCCUGCCCCUGAAGCCAGUGACCGUGGAGACCCCGCAGGGGACAGUGUAUGAGGGGAAGCGGUUCCACAGGCAGCGGAUCACGGGUGUCUCCAUCCUGCGGGCCGGCGAGACGAUGGAGCAAGCGCUCACUGCCGUCUGCAAAGACAUCCGCCUGGGCAAGAUCCUCAUCCAGACCAAUCAUGACACGGGGGAGCCGGAGCUGCACUACCUCCGGCUGCCUAAGGAGAUCGGCGAAGACUACGUCAUCCUGAUGGACAGCACGGUGUCCACAGGGGCGGCUGCCAUGAUGGCGGUGCGGGUGCUGCUGGAUCACGAUGUGCAAGAGGACAAGAUCUUCCUGCUCUCACUGCUCAUGGCCGAGAUGGGCGUCCACUCCGUGGCCUAUGCCUUUCCCCGCGUGCGGAUCAUCACCACGGCCGUGGAUAAGAGAGUCAGCGAAGAGUUCCACAUCAUCCCUGGCAUUGGUAACUUUGGGGACAGGUACUUUGGAACAGACGGCCCCGUGCCCUGGUGCGAAAGCGACAGCAUGGACUGCUGAGCUGGCUCCGCGGGGCAGAGCCUGACACCUGGGAUGGGAGGCGCAGCCGGACACUCUGCCCGGGACCAGGCUCCACGCGGGCCACCACCGGGACUGCGCCCACUGCUCCCACGGGCCAGCUGGGCAGGCAAGCGGCCUGCCGCUGACCCACUCACCGCCCCUCGGAGGCUGCCGGGCGCCUGCCGUGCUGCUGGCCCUCCUCGGGCAGACUGGCUCAAGCAGGCCUGGCGCGCUGCUUCAGGGACCCAGCCUGAGGGGAGCGUGCCGCAGGCUCCCCGGGACUCUUCUGCCGACUUCCUGCGGGCCCGUCCUCCCCAUGCCUUGGUCUGUGCACGAGGCUGGCAGGCCUUUGCUCUUUGGCUCAGGUUCCCUGCUGGCUGCAGCCGUCCCUCCUCCAGUGUAACUGCACAGGCCUUGGGGACCACAAGGAGGCAGCCGGGGACCUUAGUCCCAAGGCAGCCAGCCAGCCCGGGCCGCCUGCCGAGCCGAGCCGAGCCGAGCCGAGCCACGCCUGCCUUCUGCCUGGCCCAGCCCUCGGCCUUCCUCGCCCGUUGUUUCUCAGUACUGUACUUGGCUGCCUUCCUUGCUUUUUGUACGUGACAAUAAAGAUCUACAGCACC